CCGGCGGGGGCGGGAUCCCCGCUUCCAUUGGCUGCAGCCCCUCCCCCCCCCGCACACCGGGCCCCCCCCCCACGUCCCCCCACGUCGGUCUGUCCUGUCUCCAGCUGCGGCAGCCCGGUCCUCGCUCCUCGGCAUCUCCGGCAGGGCGCCCCCUCUUCGGCUCCAUGACCCCGACGCAGAUCCCCACGGCCGGUGCGGGACCCGUGGUGAGCGAGGGCUGUCCCCCGGAGGAGGGAUGCGCGGACAGGUUGCUAUGGCAACGAGGGGUGGCGGGUCCCGCGCCCGCCGCGGAGCCAGCAGAUAGGAAGCCGGAGAGAUGGGCGCCGCCGGGGGUUCUGCCUCGCCGAGGGUCUAGAUUCCAGGACCCGAAGGUCCUGAGGAGCCCGACCCAUUUUACUAUGACUAUGCACCGUGCAGACCGUGGGCAUGACCCUGGCCACCGUGAUGUUCCUGCUGGGCAUCAUCAUCAUCAUCAGCAAGAAAGUAAAGUGCAGAAAGGCGGACUCCAGGUCUGAGAGCCCCACGUGUAAGUCCUGCAAGUCGGAGCUCCCUUCCUCAGCCCCCGGCGGCGGUGUGUAAGGCCGGCCGGUCAGCCUCCGCCGCCCCGCCCGGACCCGGGGUCUGGUCGACCCGUGAAGGCGGUGGGGACCCCGGCCCGGUGCCGGGGGCGCUCCCCGGAAUGAGCCGCCCCACCCGCCCCGAGGCUGGAGCCCCGGCACCCCGCUGACCCCCCCAGGCCUUGGCAGCACCCCAAGGCGCCCGUCCGCACCCCAGGCCCUGGGAGCCCCGGCACCCCGCUGACCACCCCAGGCCUUGGCAGCACCCCAAGGCGCCCGUCCGCACCCGCUGACCCCCCAGGCCUUGGCAGCACCCGAAGCGCCCGACCGCACCCCAGGCUCAGGGCCUCGGGCUCCAGUUCCGGGGACCCCUGGCACUUCGUUGUCCCCUCCCAGGCCUUGGCAGCACCCCGAAAAGCCUGUGGGGGUCCCGGCCGGGCCGCACACCGCCCCGCCCCGCCCUCCCCGCGAGGCCCGCAGUCCCCUGGGCGCCCCCUGCUUAAUAAACAUGAAC